GCUGCAGCCAGCUCCAAGGAACUUCCCCCAGAAAAUGGAGGCCUGCUGCAGUAGAGCAACGCCCCUAACCUUCUUUCACUUCAAGCCCGCUUCCCUCGGGCCUUCACCUUUUUCCGUGAGAUUAAGCGUGGAAGUUCCUGCAGUGGUAUGUGAUGAUUGCUACAAAAAGGUCAUCAAUGAGUUUAUGAAAUGGUCCAAGGUCCCUGGUUUUCGUCCGGGAAAGAACAUUCCAGAGAGUAUUCUUGUUGGUUUUGUAGGGAAGGAAAAAGUCCAGAAGGCUACUAUAGAAUCAAUCUUGAAAAGAACACUUCCACACGCCAUGUCCUCGGUAAGUGGAAGAGCCUUGGAAGAUUCACUCCAUAUAUUAACUAGAUUCCCGGAGAUGGAGAGCACUUAUUCUUCCAUGAAAUCUUUGAGAUAUGAUGUGAUUGUUGAUGUCGCACCUGAAGUCAAAUGGGUUCCUGAAGAUGGGUACAAAAAUUUGAAGAUUGUUGUUGAGAUUGAUAAGGAAAUAGAUGCGCAGACUGCAACUGAACAGGAACUACGUCGCCGUCAUAAGGCUCUUGGCGCAUUAAAAAUAGUGGCUGACAGAGGUCUUGAGGUGGGUGAUGUUGCGGUUCUUGAUUUAUCAGCUACAACAAUUGAGCAGGACGAAUCUAACUCUCAAAGAAUACCAUCUGCUGAGAGUAAAGGGUUUCAGUUUGACACUGAAGAUGAAAAUAAAGUCCUUCCAGAUUUUCUGAACUCAAUUAUCGGAAUAAAACGUGGUGAAACAAAGUCAUUCCCAUAUGUGUUUCCUGAUUCAUGGAAACAAGAAGAUCUUCGUGGUGUUCAAGCUCAAUUCACUGUCAGUUCCACUUUCUAUUCAAACUAUGGCACAGUUGUCUGUUAUGCCCUCAUGCUGGCUGCUCAUUUGCAUUCAAGAAUUAGUUAUAAAUCACUUAGUUUAUGCGUGUAUUGCAAGGAACUGUUCUACAGAGAUCUACCUGAAUUGAAUGACUCAAUCGCCGAUAGGAUUCUGUCUGGAUGCUCUACCAUUGAGGAGGCAAGUUGUUACACCUGUUUUUCUCACAUGAUAAAGAUUGUGAAGGCAGCUUUACUGCAAAAAUUCAUUGAAGUGGAGCAAACAGCAAAAGAACAAGCCACGGAUAAUGCUAUUUUGGACCAGCUGCAAAAAAUGGUUGAGGUUGAUAUACCUCUAUCCUUGUUUGAGGAACAAGGAAGACAGCUUUAUGGAGCACAACUGUUGCAAAUUCAGAUAUUAACAGAUGAGCUUGUCAAGGAGGUUGAGAACUCAAUUGCUGAAUUUAAACGCCACAACCAAGAAUAUGACGAGGAGCGUGUCAGAGGACAGGUAGAAGAGGUACUUGAAGGAGCAAAAGUGCUAGAAUGGCUGAGAGAGCGUGCUGAAAUCCAGUACAUAACCAAGGGAAUUGAC